ACCAACUGGAUGAAAGAGAAAAUAUUUGCUGUGACAGAAAGUUAAGCUAGCAACUCCAGUUUUAAGCAACACUACAACAAGCAGUGUAUGGAUUGUGUAGCAAUUCCUUCUCACGUGAACACGGCGAAGGACACGGAGAAGGCAAGGAAGCCAGCACGAUGGGGUGGAAGAAAACGUUUUCUGGGUUAGAAAUCAUACUUAUGGUGCUGUUCAUACUGGUGGCCAUAGUAUCAGUCGUUCUGAUAGUCCUCUUAGCAACAGGAGAACCAGGCACAGAACUGAAUGAUGGCAACGGAACACCUCAGUUCAUUCCAGAAUGUCCAAAUAUUCAAGAAUCAGAACGAGUAGACUGUUGUCCAGAUGGAGGCGCAUCAAAGGAUAGAUGUGCAGCGCGUGGUUGCUGUUGGUUUCCUGUUUCAGAAACAAAUGUGCCUUGGUGUUUCUUCUCAAAGAAUCUUGGGUAUGAAGCCGUGGAUGUCCAGAAUCCCACCCAAAAAGGGUUUGAAGUUCAGCUCAAGCGACUUCCUGCACCAUCAUUAUUUGGGAAGGAUAUUGAACAAGCUCACUUCUCUGCCGAGAUACAGACACAGAACCGUGUCCGUUUCAAGAUCACGGACCCUAAUAAGAAAAGAUUUGAAGUUCCCCAUGAACAUAUAAAGCCCUUUAAUGGUCCAGCGGCAUCCAGGCCCAAUUAUGAGGUGGAACUUAUUCACAAACCGUUUGGGUUUAAAUUAAGAAGAGCAUCAACAAAAAAAGUUUUAUUCGACACUACUAUGGGGCCGAUUCUGUUUGCUGAUCAGUAUUUACAGCUGACUGCAAGAUUACCAAGUCACAAUAUUUAUGGACUUGGGGAACAUGUGCAUCAGAAUUUUCAGCACAGCACUAAUUGGAGAACCUGGCCCAUGUUUACCAGAGAUGCAUUCCCCAAUGGAGGAACACACAACUUAUACGGCCAUCAAACCUUCUUCUUGUGCCUGGAAGAUGAAAGUGGAAUGUCACUUGGUGUAUUCUUACUGAACAGUAAUGCUAUGGAGGUGACACUUCAGCCAACACCAGCCAUAACUUACAGAACAAUCGGUGGGAUUUUGGACUUCUACAUCUUCUUAGGAAAUUCUCCUGAAGCUGUUGUUAAAGAAUACUUGGAGCUUAUUGGAAGACCUGCAAUGCCCUCCUACUGGUCACUUGGAUUCCAGCUGUGUCGCUGGGAUUAUGGGUCCAUCGAUGAACUUAAGGCAACUGUGGAACGAAACAGACAAAUAGGCCUUCCAUACGACAUACAGUACACUGAUGUUGAUUACAUGGAGGACAAGAAGAUCUUCACGUAUGACUUACAGAACUUCCGUGGACUUCCAGAAUUUGCUAUCGAUUUACAUAACCAUGGACAAAAAUAUAUAAUUCUAUUAGACCCAGCAGUUGCCACAUCUGCCAGAAUCUCUGGCCAAUAUCAUACAUACGAAUUGGGCAAUAAAAUGGGGGUAUGGGUUUAUGAAGCUGAUGGAAGGACUCCAUUAAUUGGAGAGGUUUGGCCUGGUGAAACUGUUUUCCCUGACUUUACCAAUCCUGUAUGCAGUACAUGGUGGGUUGAAGAAUGUGCAAAGCUAUUCAGCGAACUGAAAUAUGAUGGGCUCUGGAUUGACAUGAAUGAAGUCUCAAAUUUCAAGAAAGGAUCUGCCAAGGGGUGUGCCGUCAAUGAUUUAAAUUACCCUCCCUUUACCCCCAGCAUUCUUGAUAGCCUCAUGUAUUCAAAGACCCUGUGCAUGGAUGCAAAGCAAACCUGGGGAGCCCAGUAUGAUGUCCACAGUCUGUAUGGCUAUGCAAUGACACUGUCCACUGAGGAGUCCAAACGACCUAGUCCUUCAGGAAAGUUCUCAGGGCAUUGGCUCGGAGACAAUGCUGCCAAUUGGAAUGAUAUCAAGUGGGCAAUUCCAGGAAUGCUUGAGUUCAGCCUUUUUGGAAUACCUUACAUUGGAGCAGAUAUAUGCGGUUUCUUUGAUGACACCACAGAGGAGCUCUGCACACGAUGGAUGCAAGUUGGGGCAUUUUAUACAUUUUCUAGGAAUCACAAUGCUCAAGGAUAUAAACCUCAGGAUCCUGCUUAUUUUGGUGCAAACUCCCUUUUAGUGAAGACUGCCAAACACUACCUGAAUAUUCGAUAUACCCUGUUACCGUACCUCUACACCCUUUUCCAUCAAGCUCACAUCAGCGGGGACACUGUGAUACGGCCAGUGCUGCAUGAGUUUUAUUCAGAUCCUGCCACAUGGAACAUUGACCGUCAAUUCCUUUGGGGACCUGGUCUUCUCAUUACACCAGUCCUGGACCCUGGUGUAAGCACAGUGAAAGCAUAUAUACCCGAUGCAGUGUGGUAUGACUAUGAAACGGAGGUUAGAAUUAAUUCCCGCAAACAACAUAUCGAUCUGUAUCUUCCUGCUGAUAAACUGGGACUUCAUCUCAGAGGUGGUCAUGUCUUUCCAAUACAACAACCUGCCGUUACCACAGUAUACAGUCGUAAGAAUCCUAUGGGACUGAUUAUAGCUCUGGAUGACAACGGUAAUGCUGGUGGGGAGCUGUUCUGGGAUGAUGGAGAAGCAAGAGAUUCAGCAGAAAAUGGAGUUUACAUUCAUUAUCAGUUCUUAGUUGUUUCAGGCCUUUUGACUAUGAAGGUAUUGAAAAAUGGCUAUGUAGACCCAAACAACUUGAUGUUUGAAGAAAUUAAGGUCCUUGGAGUACCUGCAGCUCCGUCUGCUAUCACUGUGACACACAAUUCCAGUGUUACAGCAGUGCCUUUUGAGAAUUUUCAGUACAACACUGACAAGAAGCUUCUUCAUGUAACAGGUCUUCAGCUUCAACUCGGGCAGAGUUAUUUGGUGGAAUGGAAUAAUGAUGUUUACCCUGAAAUUGAAAGAUUUGACUGCCACCCUGAAGACAAUAGCAACCAGGCUGCUUGUGAAGCUCGCGGUUGUAUCUGGAAGGCUGCAAACAAUCCUGGUGUGCCCUGGUGUUUUUAUCCACGUGACUAUGGUUACAUCACUAAUCCAGUUACUAACACUCCAGAGGGACUUUCUUUUCAAAUUAAAAAGAAUACUGCUUACCCAGUACGAUAUACAAAUCAGUCUCCUACCAUAGAAACACUUCAGGUGGAUGUGAAGUACCUGGACAACUACAUUCUACAGUUUAAGAUCUAUGACCCAAAUAAUAAAAGAUAUGAAGUUCCUGUCCCUUUAAAUAUCCCACAAGACCCAGCAACUGAUCCAAGCAAACGGCUUUAUGAAGUUAUUGUUGAAAACAGUCCAUUUGGAAUUAAAGUGAAGAGGACUAGCACUGGAACAAUCAUUUGGGAUUCUCACCUGCCAGGCUUCACAUUCACAGAUAGGUUUAUUCAGAUAUCAAACCGGUUACCUUCCAAGCAAGUGUAUGGUUUUGGAGAAACUGAACACCCUACUUUCAAGCAUGAUUUGAACUGGCAUACUUGGGGAAUGUUUGCCAAAGACCAGCCCCCUGGUUACAAACUGAACAGCUAUGGUGUUCACCCAUUUUAUAUGGGCUUGGAAGAUGACGCGAAUGCUCAUGGAGUUCUGUUACAUAACAGUAAUGCUAUGGAUGUCACCUUUCAGCCAACCCCAGCUCUAACAUACCGAACCUUGGGAGGAAUUCUGGACUUUUAUUUGGUUUUAGGACCAACUCCUGAACUGGUUGUCCAGGAAUACACAGCACUUAUUGGUCGUCCUGUACUUCCAGCCUAUUGGUCCUUGGGAUUCCAGUUGUGUCGCUAUGGAUAUGAGAAUGACACAGAAAUAAAAGAGCUGUAUGAAGGCAUGAAGAACGCCAGAAUACCAUAUGAUGUCCAAUAUGCUGAUAUUGAUUAUAUGGUGAGACAGAUGGAUUUUACUCUUGGUGAAAAAUUUGCAGGGCUUCCGGCUCUUGUAAACCAAAUGAAAAGUGAGGGAAUGCGUUUUAUUGUCUUGUUGGAUCCAGCGAUUUCAGGGAAUGAAACAUCUUAUCCAGCAUUUGAUCGAGGAGUCCAAGAUGAUGUAUUCAUCAAAUGGGCAGAUGGAAGUGACAUUGUCUGGGGAAAGGUUUGGCCUGAUUAUCCCAACAUUACAGUUAACAACUCAUUGGACUGGGAUACACAAGUCCAGCUAUACAGAGCAUACACAGCUUUUCCUGAUUUUUUCCGUAACCAAACAGCAACGUGGUGGCAUCGAGAAAUUAAGGAGUUUCACACGAACCCAGUUGAGCCAGAAAAAAGCUUGAAGAUUGAUGGCCUGUGGAUUGAUAUGAAUGAGCCUGCCAGCUUUGUUCAUGGGUCUGUUAUUGGGUGCAGAGAUGAAAGUUUAAACAAACCACUUUACAUGCCACCUCUGGAAUCAAAGCAUUUAGGACUAUCCCAUAAAACUCUAUGUAUGGAAAGUCAACAGUUUCUGUCAGAUGGUACUGCAGUCAGACACUAUGAUGUUCAUAAUAUUUAUGGGUGGUCCCAUACCAAGCCAACGUAUGAUGCUCUGCUAAAGGUAACAGGCGAAAGAGGGGUUGUUGUCACACGAUCAAGCUACCCAUCCAGUGGAAAAUGGGCAGGUCAUUGGCUUGGAGAUAACACUUCAGCUUGGGAUCAGUUGUACAAAUCUAUCAUUGGUAUGUUGGAGUUCAGUCUGUUUGGAAUUUCCUAUACUGGGGCAGAUAUUUGUGGAUUUUUCAAUGAACCCACCUAUGAAAUGUGCUUACGCUGGAUGCAACUGGGCGCUUUCUACCCAUACUCAAGAAAUCACAAUGGGAAAGGAUCCAGAAGACAAGACCCUCUUGCUUGGGAUGAGAAAUUCCAGGAUGCUUCAAGAGAUGUUCUUAACAUCCGCUAUACACUUCUGCCAUACCUGUAUACUCUUAUGUAUGAAGCACAUAGCCAAGGCAGCACUGUAAUUCGACCUGUUCUUCAUGAAUUUGUUAAUGACAGAACAACAUGGGAUGUACAUAGACAGUUCCUUUGGGGACCAGCAUUGUUGAUUAGCCCAGCAUUAGAUAUGGAUUCUUACGUAGUCCAUGCCUAUAUACCAAGUGCACGCUGGUAUAACUAUCAUACAGGGGAGGCAAUUGGUGUUAGAGGGCAGUGGUUAGACAUCCCAACCCCUCUUGAACAGAUUAACCUUCAUGUCAGAGGAGGAUACAUUAUUCCCUGGCAAGAUCCAAGUAAUACAACUGCUUAUAGUCGAGAAAAUUUCAUGGGACUCACUGUUGCUAUGGAUGACAAUGGAUUUGCUCAAGGUUCCCUUUUUUGGGAUGAUGGAAGUAGUAUUGAUACUUAUGAAAAAGGAAACUAUUACUUGGCCACAUUUACUGUCAACAAGAACACAUUGGUUACUAAUGUACAGCACAACAGUGUCAACAGCACAGCAGAUAAACUGAGAUUGGGAUAUAUUAAGGUGUGGGGAGGAGGGAACCUCCAAGUCCAGGAAGUGACCGCAGUGUAUAACAGUGUUUCUGAGCCUAUUGCAUCCUUUGUUCACAAUGUCACAAACCAGGAGCUUGUCAUUUACGUGACGAACAAGGCAUAUUUUAUGGACAAGCCCAUCCAAGUCACUUGGAAAACAAAACUCCAAUAAGUGCAAAGCAGCUAACUGGUUGAUAGCAGAUCAAUUCAUAUAGGGUGAAACUGUUGAAAGUUACUGGGGUCAGGCUGUAAUAUACAAUCAAGUACUUUUUAUGACCACAAGGGUAACACCAACAUUACAAAUGAUGUAAUUGAAUGUAGAAUAUUUUAAAUGUUCUUGCUUUUGUUUAAUCUCACAUUUGGGAUUGUAUUGCUUCAAUCACUAAUGCAUUUCUGUAUUUCCAGUUAUAGUUCAAGGUUCAAUAAAAACAACCAAUUUCAGGACGUAAAA